AUGGCCACAGACCCAGACGGUGACUCGCAAAUGGCGUCCUCGCCUGAAUCAAACCGCUCCCUCUCCGACGUCGAAGCCGGCUCCCGCACCCCGACUCAUCACACCCAAACCACAAAUGCGCAGUUUGCAGGUGCCUCAGAACUCUCCCCGCCAGGUUCACAAACCCAGGCAACCGGCGGCAUGGUGAAUGAUUUUCCUGGUGCUGAUGAAGGGUCGACAGAUCCAUCACAGCAGCCAGGGGCGUCGUGGAUGAAUAGACGGGCGGAGGAAGAGUAUCAGAGAGCGAUGGAGUAUGUGAUUGAUCUGGAUUUCAAUCUCGAUGAGUUUGGAGACCCGUUUGAUGACCGCGAUAUGAACGAGAAAUUCGUCUAG